AUGUCGCGCACAGGGGAAAACAGAAAAAAGGAAAAACACCAGAAACCGCCUGGAACUCCUGCAGAGGAGAGUCCUGUCUAUGUGAACAAUGCGUGCAUCGCAUGCGGCCAGGCACGCCCAAAGAGAAAGAAGAGGUAUUUUUUGUUUGCAGUUAUAGGGGUUGUUAUAGGGUACUUUGUAAAAACAGGCUAUGAAAAGGCCUUCAAGAAGCACGUAAUUAUGAACUUGAUGGAGGAGCUUCUAAACUCAAAAACUGUUAUGAGCAUGAACUUAAGCGAAACCACAAAGGCAAAGCUCCUAUACUUAGCGGACAUUGCUGCCUUCUCCCCGUACGAAGAGCUGGACCAGAAGCCUGGAAUGAAGGGGCAGGCUGCUGGGCUUGUGGGGAAGCAUCCGAUCACAAUUAUCCCGGGAAUUGCAAACACGUCGUUGGAGCUGUGGAAGACCAAGAAGGAGAACAACUCUUUCUUUCGGAAGAAAAUAUGGGGCUCCCACUCGACAAUUACGUUUAUGCUGCACAACCGGUCGGAGUGGCUGGAAAGCAUGAAAUUAAACACGGAGACAGGCCUGGACCCGAUAGGCAUAAAAGUGCGGGCGUGUGCUGGCCUGGAGUCUUCCGAUUUCUCGAUACCUGGAAUGUGGUUUUGGUGGAAGAUCGUGGAGAAUCUCUCGCACAUAGGAUACGAUCCAGCAGAUGUGCACUUUGCAGCCUUUGACUGGAGGCUGGGCCUUGAAGAAAUGGAGAUUCGGGACGGAUACUUUACGAAGCUGAAGAUAGAGAUAGAGCUGCAGAGUUCUAUGAAGCAGGAAAAGACCGUUAUUAUUGCGCACAGUCUUGGUGCAGUAAUAUUCCACUAUUUCAUGCAGUGGGUCUCAGAGAAGGACGAAAAGUGGGUGGACAAGCACAUACACGCAGCAGCCUAUAUAGGCCCGCCUCUUCUCGGGGCUCCGAAGGCGAUUGGAAGUGUUUUAGCGGGGGAGGUAAAGUACACCUCCGACAUGGGAAUAAUCCAGUACACAAUAGUAGAGCUGCUUUUUGGCCGAGAAAAGCGGCAGGAUCUCUUUAAAACGUGGGGGUCUCCCAUAUACCUCCUUCCAAAGGGGGGAGAGAAGUUCUGGUCCCGGGGGAAGAAGCAGCUCCACGACCUGGUCGCAAUUGAGGAAAGUCCGCCCCAGAAGAGUCCGCGGAAAAAGUACAGGUUUACAACGCAGGCAGAGAUCUUCGACAUGAUCCGGGAAAUGCUCCCACAGCACAACAAGAAAAUCCACGAGAAGCUUUUUCACCCGAAAACCCAGCGAGACGGAUGGUCAAAUCCGCUGCUCUCUCCCCUCCCGAAUGCCCCGAGUAUGACCGUGUACUCGCUCUACGGAAUGGGAAUUCCCACGGAAUCUGGGUACUACUUCGCGCCCGAGAGCGGAUCCCUGCAGAUAGACAAGAACAAUACAGUCCCGGAGGACGACAUAUACAAGGGAAUUGUGCACGCAGAUGGAGACGGAACAGUUCCUGUGAUAUCAAUGGGGUAUAUGGGAGCUGCCGGAUGGAAAAAAGACGCUUUAAACCCGCACAAAGUACGCACUGUAGUGAGGGAGUAUAGGCACGUGGCGUCUUCAUCCCUCCUGGACAUCCGAGGCGGCGAGCACACGGCCCAACACGUGAACAUUCUGGGGAAUACGAGCCUGAUCGAGGACAUCCUGGAGAUAGUCUCCGGGAAGGCACUCCCCGACAAAGUUGCAUCGAACCUGAAAAGUCUCGCAGCUGAAAUCGACAGAGACGAAAAUUCUCCGGAAGACGCAGUUUCUCCUGUAAGAGAGUAG